AGCUGUUUUUCCCGGCAAUGACGUCACGCGUAGUCAGUCACUUUCUUGUAUUUUGAUUGGUAUUAUCAGAUUAUUAUCGCAUUUAUCUACAAAUACUUGACAAAACAUAAAUAAAUGCGUGUUAAUCAGGGCUCGACCAUGUCGCCGGCAAUUGCAAUGAGUGGUUAGAAGCCUAUUGUGAUGGCCACACAAUCAGAAUUUGACGAGGCGCAUAGGAGCUAAGAAGAGUCCCCCAAUAAAAUUGACAAAAAUAAAAACUAUCAACAUGGAGGUGCCAGUUCAUCCGCUCAGCCAGGAUCCUACGGCUGCUUGGAAGGACAUCAGCAAAACGCAGCGAGUGAUCAAAGUGACGAUGAAACCACCGACGACCACAGUGGCACCUAACAAGGCCCGAGUGGUUUGCAUGUCGGACACCCACUCCCUGACUCCCUACAUAAAAUUCGACAUCCCCGAUGGAGAUAUAUUCAUCCAUGCUGGGGAUUUCACCAAGUGCGGCCAGCUGGAGGAAGUGGAGGAGUUCAACACCUGGAUUGGAGCACUACCGCAUCGUCACAAGAUCGUGAUUGCCGGCAAUCAUGAGCUGAGUUUCGACCGCACGUUCACUCAUCCUUUUCAAAAGAAUCAGGCCAAAGGCCAUGCUUCGAGCAGCAAACACACCGGCAUGUCCAUCCUGGAUGAUCUGCCCACUUUGGGCAAUGCUAAGGAGAACCUGGAGAGCGCUGUCCAGACGCAAAACGUACGAGAAGUUCUGACCAAUUGUCGAUAUUUGGAGGAUGAGCUGCUGGAGAUUUGGGGCAUUCGAAUUUAUGGCUCGCCCUGGCAGCCGGAAUUCUGUCGCUGGGCGUUCAAUGUUCCCCGAGGAGCAGCCUGUUUGGAGAAAUGGAAUCAAGUCCCGGAGGGCAUCGAUAUCCUGGUGACGCACACGCCACCCGUUGGUCAUGGAGAUCUCUGCUGUUCCGGCGUAAGAGCAGGAUGCGUGGAGCUACUUAGCACGGUGCAGCAGAGGGUGCGACCCAAGUACCACGUUUUCGGACACGUUCACGAAGGCUAUGGCAUCACCAGCGACGGCAGGAUCAUCUUCGUGAACGCCUCCACCUGUGACAUCAAUUACCUACCCAACAAUGCCCCCAUCGUUUUCGAUGUGACGCUGCCCCCCGGUUUUCGCAAGGAUUAGUCCCCUUAGAAAGAUUUUCAUUCGCAUUUGUUGCAGGUUCAAUGAAUUUAUUUUUGUCACACUCUAAGUUUAAGUUAACUUAAUAAGUUUAAAGAGAUUUGAAAGAUAUCAAAUUAGGUGUCCUUAGAGAUUUCUAAACCAUUAAAAAGUGCCGGUAAUGAGUAAGUGCCAUUACAUAUUUCUUCAAGUAGGUUGUAGAAGUUUUUAUAGCACUAUCAAAGUAAGACCUCUAAAUAUACUGACAUGUAUGGGCACCUAA